GUAUAUACACAAGUAUUUCUUCAACUUAACAUAACUCCUAACACGUGCAUUCUGUUACCGUAGUAUGUUGUAGUGAGCAGCAAGAAGAUUCUCUUCUACAACAACGAGCAAGACAAAGAGCAUUCCAUUCCCUACAUGGUGCUCGAUAUAGACAAACUUUUCCACGUGAGGCCCGUCACUCAAACAGACGUGUACCGCGCAGACGCCAAAGAGAUUCCCAGGAUAUUCCAGAUUCUUUAUGCCAACGAAGGCGAGAGCAAAAAGGAGGCCGAGUUCCCCGUCGAUGCCAUCGGGGAGAAGUCCAGCUACAUCUGCCACAAGGGCCACGAGUUCAUCCCCACCAUCUACCAUUUCCCCGCCAACUGCGAGGCGUGCACCAAGCCGCUGUGGAACAUGUUCAAGCCGCCGCCUGCCCUGGAGUGCCGUCGCUGUCACAUCAAGUGCCACAAGGACCACAUGGACAAGAAGGAGGAGAUCAUCGCUCCAUGCAAAGUGAACUACGACGUGUCCUCGGCCAAGAACCUGCUGCUGCUGGCUGUGUCCCAGGAGGAGCAGCAGAAGUGGGUGAGCCGACUGGUCAAGAAGAUUCCCAAGAAGCCUCUGCCUCCGGAGCAAUUUGCGCGCUCCUCGCCACGCGCCUCCAUGAAGGUCCAGCCCAGCCAGUCCAUGAGGAGGCCCAGUCGACAGCUGCCCACCAGCAAGAGCAGGUAGCAAAGCAGAUAAGAGCUCACGCCUGAAAUAGCUUUAGCUUUUUAGACGAGCUUUAAAAAAAAAAUGCCUUUGAUGGUUUGUUGUGGUCCAGCUGGAGGUCUCACGUGAGGCAAAGAAUAGGCUGUGGGUUUUAAGACGCACUAUUGAGAAAGUAACCUUGUUAACCAUCAGCAUACAGGCUUGAGUUGAGACGGUAUCAUGGGUCACACUAUAGCAAUACCCACGUGUAACGAUUUCCCUAGACUAGGCGUCCUUUAACUGGACUGUAUCAAAACACUUACUGUUCCAAUGGAUCAACAGAAAUGGAAGAAGAAAUGCUAAAAGUUAAAGCUAGGGUUGGUAAUCAUGAGAAACUAGCAAGAGUGUGCUAGAUGAUAAAAAGGACCCAUCCCGAAAAAACCCAACCCAGUGUUGCCAUCUCGCUUCCAAUUACAGUAGCAAGCAGCAUUAGCAAAAUCUAGCAAAAAAGCCGCCGAGUCACAACACAAAGACCGUCCCUUCAGGCCUCGCUCCAAAGCCAAAUUAUCAUUAUGAACAAAACGAUGUCAUAACCAACAUGUUGGUACUCAACAGCUGUCGAGGGUGUACUCAUGACUCCGACUCAUGACUCCGGUGACGAGUCAUGAGUGCACGGGCAGGGAGACAGGUAGCCCGUCCAAUCAUUACAGCCAGGCCGGAUGAAAUGAUUGGUCGGGCUUAGUACAGUCCUUUUUGACAGAGCAUUUGACUUAAUGAUUGCUGUUAACAGAAACAUCAAAAAUGUCUUUGAAGGUGAUUACCAGCCCUGCCUUUAAUGCAAGGGAAUACAAAUCCCACCGUAUUGUACUUUAGCUUCCAGAAUCUUUUGGCCUCAAAAUUGUCAAAUAAAAAUAUGGGCCACUGUUGGCUCCUGGCCAAUCUCUGAUGUCUCAGGAUAUCUCUUCUUUUUUUGGACACCAGGUAUGCAUGCGCAGUUGAUUUUACCUGGCCUUCAAAACUAAUCUCCCCUUUCAGAUGGGAGGACUUUGGUCUUCAGGACUGGCACUGGGCCCUGGAUGAUAUCGAUGACGAUUGUUCCUCUAUUCAUUUCUGAUGACCACUUGCGGUAACACUGUGUGCUGUGCUGUGCAGUGCGUUGGUGGCAGUGGAAAGCUGUUCCUUUAACACAGCUGCUGCCUCAGUCUGCUGUGAUUUAAAAGAGAAUCAAACAUUGGCUCCUGCUUAUUCUUUUCUACCUUUUGGAAAAACAUGAGACCCAUAAUUUAGUCUUCAGGGUGGAAGCCGAGCACAACAACUAGAUGCGUCUAAGCCUUGUCUAUACAAAGCAAGGUGCCGUUCUCUAGUCGCAUCCUCCUGUUCACGUCCUCAAUGGUGUCUCACCCAUGGUGACCCCAUGUCCUCUGACCUCAGCCCCCGCAGGUCAAACGGCUUCAAAACGAGGCAGGAAGAAUCCCACAGUGGACACCGGUACAAAUGACUUCUCCUCUUCCUCUGCCCUGACGUUUCCCUGGAAUGUGUGUGUGUGUGUGUACGUGCACUUACAGCCAAACCGGUGUCUUUUUGCACUAAAUGUUCAGACACAGUCCCCGGUUUGUGGUGGUGGUGGGGAUGUUGAUGCAUGUGCUUGUCCGGGGGGGGGGGGGUCCUCGUCCUCGUCCUCGUCUUCGUCUGUUCACCUGAUGCCACUGGGUGUUUUAAACCAAAUGUCCUCUGGGUUGAAACUUGGUCACUUUUAUGGUUUUUCAUAAUUCAUUGAGUGGCCGAACAGGCAAAAUGUCAGAUUAUAUCACUUUUGUUUCUCAUGUACUCGUGCAAGUGAAGUAUAUCUCAUCUGUGUAUUUAAGAUUCCGUUAAUUUAUCAUUGUUUGCAAUAAAUAAAGACUUGCGCUCUUAGAACAUUGUAUAAUACAAUGUUCCUUUUUAAUGAUAGUCUACAGAAGUAGAACAGUGUGUGGUCUAAAUCUCUCCUGUUUCUAUGACUUGAGAGGAACAUGUUUUCUAGGAUGAUCUUUCUGAGUUACUCUUUUCGCCUCAUUCAUGUAU